AAAAAAAAAAAAGAAGAUGGGAUAACUUGUAAAGGGCUCUGGUGGGUUCAAAGCAAGUUUUUACUGAGGGGGAAGAUAAGGCAGAGUUUUUAUAAAUUGUGACCACCAAAAUUCAGAAGCCUUAUAUUAACCACCCAUCCUCAUUCAUUGAGAGGUACCCCGGAAAACCACCAUCCCUAAUAAAUAGUUCCCCCCAUAUUUUCUUGACUUUAUCAGCAACAAUAUAUCAUGUUCAUGCCGUUCCCGUGUAUAUCUCAAUCUUGAAUUUUUACAUAUAUACAAGAAAAAAAAAAAAGUUAUAAUUUUCAAGAAUUGGUGUUCAUAUUCUCUGUAUGUAUGAUUUGCUCAUUUCUGAAUGCAAAUGCAAACCAUGGCAGCCUGUGGUAGCUUGGAACACAUCUUUGAGAAGCCAUUGCCUGAAAAUCCCACACUUCUUGAAUCCCUAUCACCAUGGAAACACAUAAAAUCCAUGAAUACCAUUGAUGACUCUGCAUUUACGGAGAUAUUCGGUGAGUUGCAUUUCAAGGAGAGCCAUGUUCAUGCUCCACAUGAGUCAUCAUCUUCCUCCUCUCCAUCCUCAUCUUUGUCCUCUUCAACGGUUUGGCCCGAUGCAAAUCCUGGGAUUGCGAUUGGGAUUGAUAUUGAUAUUCCAAGGAGGGACAGUAAUGGGAUCUCAGUUCAUCAGGGGAGAAACAAGAAUCCCACACCAAGUUAUUACUCCUCAGGCCAGAAGCAGCAGUACCACAGUGAUAGCUUUUCUUCAAUGAAUUCCGAGAGUUUGUCAUUGUGCACGGAGGGGCUGGGGUUCGAGAGCUGUGAUGAUGUUGAGGAUUUGUUGAGACAUGAUGUUUGUGAUAAUGGAUCCCAGAAUCAAGAGAAGCUAAAGACUUCUACAAGGAAUAAUUCACAUACAAAAAGUCAUCAUGGGAGUGAGUCCAAGAAAUCAGGAACGAGUAGAGGUCUAUUUCCACCUCCUAUUUCUAGUAUUGGAAACGGUGGGAAGCCUUGGGUUUGCUUCAAAUCUUACAGGGAAGAUGGGAGGUUCAUUCUUAAGGAGGUAAGAAUCCCAACUCAAGAAUUCUUGCAUGCAUGCCGCGAAGACGGACGUCUGAAGUUGCAAUUCAUUCAGUCUGAUGAUGAACUUCUUGAUGAUGAUGAUGAGGAUGAAGAUGAAGAGAAUAUUGAGGAACAGAAUGACGGCAACGGCAUUGAUAAUGAUGAUUGUAAACCGGAAAAUCAUAGGAAUGGACAGGAAGAAGAAAAUGGGGAAGGGAUUGAGGAAACCACGUAAGUAGGAGAAUUCCAGGUUUUUUCCUUUUUUGGUAGUGUAGCAGGCAUUUUAAGCUAUGUUCUUCCCUGUUUCUUUGUUUCUCUCUCUCCCUCCUUCUCUCUCAAAGUAUGCAAAUAAAGGGAUGUAGAAGAGGGUGAUGAAAUAGGAAACUGAAAAUUUCACAAAUUUGUUCUGUUUGGUUUUCGGGAUCUUUUGUUUCUGUUUAUCUAGUGCAAAUUUCUGUAGUAAAUCAGACUACAAAAUGAAUUGUAUAGUUUCUGGUCUUCUUUAUUUUCUGCACAAUUUGUGUUGCCUCAGUUUUGGAAUGUGAGGCUCUUUUCUUGGAUUUCAAUAGUGAUAGAACACCCUCAUCUUCACGUUUUA